UCACCACAUGACCUUUUCUUUCUUUCUUUUAACUUUCCCAGAAAAUCACUCCUUCAAUCCUUCUUACCGUCUUCUCAUUCCCAGAAAAUGGUCUCUCUGAUCUAAUUUCAUUCCAUUUCACUUCUCUAACACACUCUCUCACUCUAAAACUUAAUACAACCAUUCUUUCAAAUGAUAUGUUCAAUUUGAGAGCUAGACAUAUAAUUACAACAUGGAACCGGACGAGAAUAAGAAGGGUGAGGUUUCAGAAACAAAACACACUGCCACCACCGAUACCGAGGAGAGUGGUGACGAACGUGGAGGGAGGUUUUACUCCCACAGUCGCCAGAGUUCUGUUGCUGCGACGGAUGACGACGACGAUGAGGAGAGGAGUAAAAUUGAAUUGGGUCCACAAUGCUCCUUGAGGGAACAGCUUGAGAAGGACAAGGACGAUGAGAGCUUAAGGAAGUGGAAGGAACAACUUCUUGGAAGCGUCGACAUCGACGCUGUUGGAGAAACCCUAGAGCCAGAGGUGAAGAUCACAAGCCUUGCAAUAAAGACAAGUGGGAGAGACGACAUAGUUCUUCCAAUACCAGAAUCUGGAAAACCUGAGGGCCUCUGGUUUACUUUGAAAGAAGGAAGCCAUUACAGGCUCAUGUUCACAUUUCAAGUCUGCCACAACAUUGUUUCAGGUCUCAAAUACACCAACACUGUUUGGAAAACCGGCAUCAAGGUGGACAGCACUAAAGAGAUGAUUGGAACGUUCAGCCCACAGGAAGAAGCUUACACCCACGAAAUGGCUGAAGAGACGACACCGUCUGGCUUGUUUGCCAGAGGCACCUAUUCAGCUAAAAGUAAGUUUGUUGACGAUGACAACAAAUGCCACUUGGAGAUCAACUACACUUUUGAUAUCCGAAAGGAAUGGAAUUAAAUUUAGUUAGGAGUCAAUUAAUUAAUUGAUUUCUUUAAUUUGACGAUAAUAUUGUUUAAUCCUUCAUCGUUAAUUGUUCUUCUGGCUCUAACGCUCCUCAAUGUUUUUUUUCCAUUAAUUGGUUAUUUCUUUCUAAUCCUGUCUGAGAAUAGUAAUCUUAACGAUGAGGAGAGGAUCACAACAUUGGUUAUCAUUUGGUAGAUUUAAUUUUUGUCAAUAAAAUUGAGUUCUUCCUGCUUU